CGCGUGUCGUACAACGCCGUACGGCAGGUGUUCGACUCGUUGGCUGCGGAGCUGAGGAGUGUCAGGCAGCAGGGGAGCGGGGAUGGUGUCGUGGCUGGGACAUGUGCAAACGUUACCCCUGGAGGCCUUGAGCUGGGAGUGCCUGAGCAACGUGACGAACGGUGCGACAUGGGUAGCUCGGCAGGAGUGCGAGAGAAGGAUGAGGAGGCGGCCAACGCUGCGGGUGUUGCAAGCAGAGGUGGCCCAGAGGUGCCAGCAGCGACCAUCCAGGCCGGUAUCGCCGCAUCAGUGGCCUGUGUGCCCCUUGAGCUGCGGCCACAGCUGCUGGAGCUGGCGAUGUCACGGGUGAGGCCGCGGCUGGAAGCGACCCAUGGGUCACUGAUGGCGCGGCGAGAGGCCUACGUGGCCAGGAUCAAGCAGUAUGCGCAGGCUCAUCGCCAACCGGAGCCAGACCAGCAGCAGCUGGAGCAGCUGGCGCCCUGCGACCCCCUGCCGCCGCCACCUGAAGCCUCACCCCC